AUGGUGACCAGGUUUUCGUCAAUUUCAACAAGGAAGCUAUCAAAUGCACUGACGAUUCUGACUUCUGAAAAAUGUAUGGUUGCCACUAGUGACUACAAUGAAUUUCACAAAACUGUCAAGAAACAUAUUCUUGCAAACGUUUUGGGAGCCAAUGCACAGAAGCGGCACCGUAGCCACAGAGAGACCAUGCUGGAAAAUAUUUUGACCCAGUUUAGUGAACAUGUGAAGACCUUCUCUGAUUUGGCAGUUAACUUCAGAAAUAUAUUCGCAUCUGAACUUUUUGUAUUAGCACUGAAGCAGGCUCUGGGAAGUAACGUUGAGUCCGUUUAUGUGGAGGAGCUUGGGAGUAGAUUAACAAAAGAUGACAUAUAUAAGAUUCUAGUGCUUGAUAUGAUGGAGGGUGCGAUCGAGGUGGAUUGGCGAGAUUUCUUUCCAUACUUGAAGUGGAUUCCAAAUAGCAGCGUGGAGACGAAAAUUCGGAAUUUGCAUUUUCGGAGAAAAGCUGUCAUGAUGGCCUUGAUGAAUGACCAGAAGAAGAGAAUGGGUUCAGGAAAGGAAGUAAACUGUUUUCUUGACUACCUGGUCUCCGAAGCUAAAGAACUGAGUGAAGAUCAAAUUUACAUGCUAAUCUGGGAGACAAUUGUUGAGACAUCUGAUACUACAUUAGUGACAACAGAAUGGGCUAUGUAUGAACUUGCUAAAGACAAGACUCGUCAGGCCCGUUUGUUUGAGGAGAUCCAGAAUAUAUGUGGACAAGAAAUGGUUAAAGAAGAGCAAUUGUCUAAGCUACCUUACUUGGGUGCUGUAUUCCAUGAAACAUUAAGGAAGCAUAGUCCUGCUCCAAUUGUGCCACUGAGAUAUGCUCAUGAAGAUACACAAUUGGGAGGAUAUCAUAUUCCUGCUGGAAGCCAGAUUGCAAUUAAUAUAUAUGGAUGCAACAUGGACAGCAACAAGUGGGAAAAUCCUCAUGAAUGGAUGCCUGAGAGAUUUUUUGAUGAGAAAUAUGACCCCAUGGAUUUAUUCAAGACCAUGGCCUUUGGAUCAGGGAAGAGGGUGUGUGCAGGGUCUCUUCAGGCCAUGUUGAUAUCCUGCACCGCAAUUGGGAGAUUUGUGCAGCAAUUUGAGUGGGAGCUGGGACAAGGGGAGGAGGAGAAUGUGGAUACAAUGGGCCUUACCACCCACAGGCUCCAACCCCUGCUAGUGAAACUCAGGCCAAGAAAUCAGUACAUCAAAAGCGCCCUCGCAACACUCUUCCCAGAGACACCCCUCUGCAACGAAGCUCCGUUUACAGGGGUGUUACAAGUAUAUCUGGGGGCAUACGACGACGAAGACGCUGCGGCACGUGCGUAUGACUUGGCAGCAUUGAAAUAUUGGGGACAAGAAACCAUCCUCAAUUUCCCCCUAUCAAAUUAUGAACAACAGCUUAAGGAGAUGGAGGAUCAAUCUAAGGAAGAGUAUAUUGGAUCCUUGAGAAGAAAAAGUAGCGGCUUCUCUCGUGGAGUCUCAAAAUUUAGAGGCGUCGCAAGACACCAUCACAAUGGAAGAUGGGAAGCUCGAAUUGGCAGAGUAUUCGGCAAUAAAUAUCUAUACCUUGGGACUUACGGUACAGAAGAAGAAGCAGCGAUGGCGUACGACAUGGCGGCCAUAGAAUACCGUGGACUUAAUGCGGUAACUAACUUUGACCUUAGUCGUUAUAUGAAAUGUCUACCUCCAAAAGACCAAGACAACCCUAACCCUCAACCUCAAGCCCACCAUUUCAGCCCAAUCCGAAGCCCAAGCCCAACCACACCGUCUGGGUCUGAAUCUGGCAAUGCCACCGCAACAUUGGACCCUCCACUGCCACCCCCGCCACCUUCUUCACCCUCCACCUCAAUCCCUCCUCCUCCUCCUCCUUCUCGCUCGUUCCCUGAAGAUAUUCAGACUCUUUUUGAAACUCAAGAUUCAGCUGGAAUCUACACAGACACUGAUGACAUUAUAUUUGGCGACUUGACCUCCAUCGCUUCACCAAUUUUUCAUUGUGACCUCAAUGCUUAA